GGAUUCUCGCGAGAACCAUCAAGCCCUGGGGGCGUUGUGAGGCCGAGACGCGCGUGUGGAGGUACCUUAGGGAUGCCCAGUCGGCGGAGGUCGGUCGGGUCCUUGAUCUUCGCUGCCCUCGGUGCUGUGGCGGCCUUCGAUCCUGACAUCCGGCCAGUGUGAUGAGUGACUCCUUAGGCCAGCAAGAUGCAUCUGUAAUACUCGUCCUUGGUAAUUUUCAGCAUAAUACUGCUACAAGUAAGAGAAGCUUCUCUUGAAGAGCCGUCAGCUCCGUGCAGACAUGCUGCUGUUCUUAGCUCUGGGCUUGCUUGUGCAUCUCGUGUUCUUCGUCUCCAUCUUUGACAUUUACUUCACCUCUCCUCUGGUUCACGGAAUGACUCCUCAGUUCACGCCAUUGCCUCCUCCAGCGAAGCGGCUCGUGCUCUUUGUAGCCGACGGCCUGCGAGCAGACUCGCUGUUCGCCCUGGAUGAAGCCGGGAACUCCAGAGCCCCGUUUCUCAGGAAUGUCAUAAUACAUGAAGGCAGCUGGGGGGUAUCUCAUACACGCGUGCCUACAGAAUCUCGCCCAGGUCACGUAGCCCUGAUAGCCGGGUUUUAUGAAGAUGUCAGUGCUGUUGCCAAAGGAUGGAAGGAAAAUCCUGUAGAAUUUGACUCUCUUUUUAAUGAGAGCAAGUACACCUGGAGCUGGGGAAGUCCAGAUAUCUUGCCUAUGUUUGCCAAAGGUGCUGGUGGAAACCACGUUUACACGCACAGUUAUGAUGCCGAGAGGGAGGAUUUUGGUGCUCAUGAUGCAGCAAAGCUGGACACGUGGGUUUUUGAGAACGUUAAGGACUUCUUUCAGUCUGCCAGAGGCAACCAGUCCUUAUUUUCUAAAGUAAAUGAAGACAAAAUAGUUUUCUUCUUACAUUUAUUAGGAAUAGAUACAAAUGGGCAUGCUCAUCGGCCGUCAUCAAGGGAGUAUAAGGACAAUAUUAAAAAAGUGGAUGAUGGAGUGAAAGAAAUCGUGUCCCUGUUUAAUGAGUUCUAUGGAAACGAUGGGAAAACAGCCUUUGUCUUUACCUCCGACCACGGCAUGACAGAGUGGGGCUCCCACGGCGCCGGUCAUCCUUCGGAGACUUUGACACCUUUAGUCGCCUGGGGGGCUGGGAUCAAGUACCCCCAAAAGGCAUCCGCCCAGCAAUUCGAUGAUGGGUUUUCAAAAGAAUGGAGACUAGGAAACUGGAAGAGGCAGGAUGUCAAUCAGGCUGAUAUUGCACCACUGAUGGCGUCCCUUAUUGGAGUUCCCUUUCCUCUAAAUUCAGUGGGAACCCUUCCUGUGGAUUAUCUUAACAGCACUGAUCUCUUCAGAGCAGAGAGCAUGUUUACCAAUGCAGUACAGAUUCUUGAACAGUUCAAGGUGAAAAUGACACAGAGAAAAGAAGCUACUUUACCAUUUUUGUUUACACCAUUUAAACCACUCUCUGAUUCUCAACAGCUGGACAUUUUAAGAAAAGCAAGAUCUUUCAUAAAGCAGGAAAAGUUUGCAGAAGCAAUCUCCCUGUGUGUGGAACUGAUUGGUCUUGCCUUGAAAGGGCUGACCUACUAUCACACUUACGACAGGUUCUUUCUGGGUGUCACCGUGGCUGUUGGUUUUGUGGGAUGGACAUCGUAUGUUUUGCUGCUGAUCAUCAAGUCUCAUUCCAGCCUGACGAGAGGAACUUGUGAAGAUGGGAAGAAGCCGGGCCGCCUGCUGCCGUGUAGUUUCGCUGCUGUUGGUGUGUUCAUGGUGUUCUUCCUGCUGAUUCAAGCCUGUCCCUGGACUUACUACCUGUAUUGCUUGUUGCCAGUGCCGAUAUGGUAUGCAGUCCUAAGAGAAUCUCAAGUCAUUCAAGACCUCGUGGCUUCACUGGUAACUUUUCCUCUGAGCCGCCUUGCUGGGUGCUUGUCUGUCUUUGCCUUGGGAAUUGAAGUAUUAGUUCUCAGUCUCUUCUACCGCUACAUGCUGACAGCUGGGCUCAUUGCAUUUGCCGGCUGGCCAUUUCUCACGCAGCUGUGGACUCGAGCAAAGGUCGCUUCGCUGAGCUGGAUCUUCUUCUCUCUGCUGCUGGCAGUGUUCCCGCUGAUGCCCGUGGUCGGCCGCGAGCCGGACAUCUCACUCGUAGCUGUGGCAGGCCUGCUGGUUCUUCUGCUGGCCCUGGUUCCUGUCAUCAGUGCCAACAAAAGAGAAAGUACUUUGCUAAAGCAAGAGCGAUUGAUCCAUCUGUUACAGAUGCUGAGCACGGUGCUGUCAGUGCAUGUGGUGCGCAGCACCCACAGCAGUCUACUCAGGAAACAAGGGCUGCCCCUUCCCAAUCAGAUCGUGAGCUGGGCAACAUUAGCCUCCUCCCUGGCUGUGCCUCUGCUGAGUUCCACAGCUCUCCUCCAGCGGCUGUCCAGCAUCCUCCUGUCCUUGAUGUCCACCUACCUGCUUCUCAGCACAGGGUAUGAAGCUCUCUUUCCUGUCGUGUUGUCCUGCCUGAUGUUUACCUGGAUACAUAUGGAACAAGAAACCAUGCAGCAGUGUGGCGUUUCCUGUAAGCAGAAGCUCGCCAGUAUCCAGUUCUCCUAUAAUACAGAUAUAGACCAACUUCGGCAGCUCUGUCUAGAUGACAUCCGCAGAGCAUUUUUCCUUGUCUUCUUCUUAGUGGUAGCGUUUUUUGGAACUGGAAAUAUCGCUUCAGUUAACAGCUUUGACCUUGCCUCUGUGUACUGUUUCCUGACUGUGUUUAGUCCUUUCAUGAUGGGAGCGCUGAUGAUAUGGAAGAUUCUGAUCCCCUUCGUUCUUGUGAUGUGUGCUUUUGAAGCAGUUCAGUUAACCACUCAGCUAUCAUCCAAAAGCCUUUUUCUCAUUGUUCUCGUCAUAUCAGACAUCAUGGCUUUGCAUUUUUUCUUCUUGGUCAAGGAUUAUGGCAGCUGGCUUGAUAUUGGAACAAGCAUCAGCCACUAUGUCAUCGUCAUGUCCAUGACCAUCUUCCUGGUGCUUCUCAAUGGCCUGGCUCAGCUGCUCACCACCACGAAGCUCCAGCUGUACGGCAAGCCCAAAACUCAUCUCACAUGAUGCUCGUGAAGCCACACUUAACACCUGGGUCCUGUCCCCUUCCUAACCUUGGAGUCCAGGAGCCAAGUCUCCCAACUGUAAAGUGGAAACCUGACGCGAUCCUGAAAUGGAAGAAGGCAUUAGGGAAAGAGCUAAGGAAGUCUGGCCAACAGUCCUGCCAUGGCUCAGGGAACGUUGUGGAAGAGGGGGUGGAAGACUGUGAGAACCACAGAGCGGGUAGGAGCACCCGGAGGUGCCACCCUCGCUACCUCACAGGGACUGACAGGCCUUCAUGCGCCCUCAGUGAAGACCAUAAGCCCACUGAGGAGGACCCCCCGGGUAACAGGAGUUGGGGCGAAGGGACAAAAGUGCAUAACCUGUUAUAAUAUAUAAAGCACCAUAAAAGAUUAAAUUAACCAAAAGCUAAGGAAGUCUGAAUGCAGUUACUGGAAGGCCAAAACCAUUCAUUAAUUGUGAACCAUGUAUUUUACAGUAUAGGCUGUUAAAAAUAGAAACUGCUCAUAAAAUGCCUUGGAACUCUG